CCUUUUGCCUUGAGUUUGAAGCAUGAAGUAUCUUUACAACCCUGCAUAGGCCUUUUGCACAAGCAUCCUUAGCAAGUAAAGAACCAAACCUUUCAUCUACUUGUCAUAUAUUUAAGCCCUCCCUUGCCCAUAACACAUCCAUGUCCUGAAUUUGAGCCUUGCACAACUUUUUAGGCAUCUGAAAUUCCCCUACCUCUUUCUGUUUGUUCCAGGCAGCUUUUCCCUUGUCUUAAAACCAAAGUGAAUAGAUGGCAAACGACCAAAUGAAGCCCAUUGCCACACUUCUUUUGCUGCUCAACUUCUGCAUGUAUGUCAUAGUUUUAGGCAUUGGUGGAUGGGCCAUGAACAGAGCCAUAGACCAUGGUUUUGUUAUAGGUGCAGGAUAUGAUCUUCCAGCUCAUUUUUCACCCAUAUACUUCCCUAUGGGAAAUGCUGCCACUGGAUUCUUUGUGACAUUUGCUUUGAUUGCUGGAGUUGUUGGUGUUGGAUCAAUAAUUUCAGGAUUCAAUCAUGUCCGUUCAUGGACUUCAGAAAGCUUGCCCUCUGCAGCUUCAGUUGCUUCCAUUGCGUGGGCUCUUACUGUUCUUGCUAUGGGCUUUGCCUGCAAAGAGAUUCAGCUUAACAUCAGAAAUGCUCGCCUGAAAACAAUGGAGGCUUUUCUGAUUAUCCUUUCAGCUACACAGCUUUUCUACAUAGUUGCUAUCCAUGGUGCUGCUGCUUAUAGGAGAUGAACUUGAGAGUUGAGUGAUGUUAUGCUGUGAUUAUCUUCUUUUUCUUUUUCCCCCUUUUCUCUUCUUUUUAUACCACUGUGAUUCAUUCUUUUUUAUUUUUUUUUGUCCAACAUGGUCUUCUCAUUUACAAGUACUGGUGUGAUUUAUUACAUGAUUGGAUUUGUAUAAAUUAAGAAUAAGUUGUGUGCAAAAA